UCACCCGACCCGAAUUAAACCCGAUAUACUGCUAAGCAUCAACCCACAGAUCUGGGAUCUUAUCUUAACUGUACUUUCGCCGGCUGGACUUGUGUUUACGUAGAGGUGGCAUGGAGCCUUGGACAUGCUUAUAAAUUACAGCUGAUUCCAUGAUCAUCGACCAGAGUUCCUGGCAACAAACAACCAUGGGGGUGGUCGAUUUGAAGCUUCUGGGAACAAAACUAAGCCCGUUCAGCAGGAGAGUUGAAUGGGUAUUGAAGCUAAAAGGAGUAAAAUAUGAGUUCAUAGAGGAAAAUCUAUUCAACAAGAGUUCAUUGCUUCUCGCAUCAAACCCAUAUUACGAGAAGAUCCCAGUACUCAUCCAUGCCGGAAAACCAAUAUCAGAGUCGAUCUGCAUUCUUGAGUACAUCGAGGAGAGGUGGAAGGGUAACCCCAUCAUGCCAGAAGAUCCUUACGAGAGAGCUCGCGCCCGUCUUUUAGCUAAAUUUGCCGACGAAAAGUUCUUCGAGGCAAUAAAGACAGCUUUCGAAUCAAUAGGAGAAGUCCAGGCGAGAGCAGCUGAAUCAGCAAUGGAAGCAUUGAAAAUCCUUGAAGGAGAGAUAAAAGGGAAGAAGUUCUUCGGAGGAGAUAGAAUCGGGAUGCUGGAUAUAGUGGUUGGUUGGAUUGCUUAUUGGCUGCAAUUGGUGGAAGAAGCUGCCGGUUUCAAGGUAAUGGACUCCAAGAAGUUUCCAUGGCUUCAUUUAUGGAUGAAGAACUUUCUGGAAGUCAAAAUCAUCAAGGAGAACCUUCCACCUUAUGAUGAGCUGCGUCCCUUUUUCCAUUACCUAAGGAAAGUAAAGUUAGAUUGUAUGAAAUAAUCACUCUGGUCUAAUGUGUUAUUUUUCUCGUGGUUGUAGUUUGAGGUGAAAAAAUAAUUCAGCAUGUAUUGAAAUUUGCUUUUUGCUGCUAUUGAACAUAGCCUCUUAUUAUCUUCA